AUGGAAGGAAGCUGGUUCCACAAAAACAGAUUCCCCUUCUUCCUUGUCCUCAGUCUUCUACUUCAAGGAAAGGGCAGUACCUUCAUCAUCAACUGCUCAGGGUUUGGCCAGCAUGGGGUGUACCCCACUGUUCUGGAUUCAGCGUUUGACAGGAAGGCUUUCCGUCCAGUCACCAACUUCAGCAUCCCCACUCUAGUCAAUAUCUCCUUCACUAUGUCUGCCAUCCUAGAUGUGGAUGAACAACUACAGCUCUUGUCAUCAUUCCUGUGGCUGGAAAUGGUCUGGGAUAACCCAUUUAUCAGAUGGAACCCAGAAGAGUGUGAGGGCAUCACGAAGAUCAGUGUGGCAACCAAGAACCUAUGGCUCCCAGACAUUUUCAUCGUUGAGUUUAUGGAUAUAGAUAAAACCCCAAAAGAUCUCACAGCAUACGUAAGUAAUGAAGGUCGCAUCAGAUAUAAGAAACCCAUGAAGGUGACCAGCAUCUGUAACCUGGACAUCUUCUACUUCCCUUUUGACCAGCAGAACUGCACACUCACCUUCAGCUCAUUUCUCUACACAGUGGAGAACAUGUUACUGGGCAUGGAGAAAGAAGUGUGGGAAAUAGCAGACACGUCCCGGGACAUCGUUCAAACACAUGGAGAGUGGGAGCUCCUGGGCAUCAACAAGGCCACCCCAAAGAUGUCCCUGGGCACUAGCCUAUAUGAUCAGAUCAUGUUCUAUGUGGCCAUCAGGCGCAGGCCCAGACUCUACAUCAUAAACCUUUUAGUGCCCAGUGGCUUCCUGAUUGCCAUCGAUGCCCUCAGCUUCUACCUGCCAGCAGAAAGUGGAAAUCGUGCUCCAUUCAAGAUAACUCUUCUGCUGGGCUACAAAGUCUUCCUGCUCAUGAUGAAUGACUUACUCCCCACCAGUGGCACUCCUCUUAUCAGUGUCUACUUUGCCCUGUGUCUGUCCCUGAUGGUGGUCAGCCUGCUGGAGACCAUUUUCAUCACCUACCUGCUGCACCUGGCCACCACCCAGCCCCCACCCAUGCCUCGGUGGCUCCACUCUCUGCUCCUCUACUGGGCCAACCCAAGGACAUGUUGCCCCACUGCACCCCAGAAGAUAAAUAAAGGCAUAGGCCUCCCCCCUGCCCAUCUGCCUGGUGUGAAGGAGCCUGUGGAGUUGGUGAGAAAGGUGUCAGGUCCCAGAGAGGCAGAGUUAAAUGGGUGUCCUGAGUCCACAAGGGCCCAGCAGGAAGAUGAAGCUCAGAGGCAGCACUUGGUCAACUUGUGGGUGCAGUUCAGCCACAUGAUGGACACCCUGCUCUUCCGCCUCUACUUGCUCUUCAUGGCAACCUCUGUGGUCACAGUCAUUGUCCUCUGGAACAUCUAGCAUGAUGUCUAUCUUCUUCUGCAGAUCCCAGGCAAGAACUGCUUCUGGCUUCCAGAGACCAGCCAGAUCUUUACCCCUUAUUGAGUAUUGACUGUCAUAGCCCAAAGAUGACCAGUUCCCUGCUGCAUUCCAUGCUUCUCAAUCCAGCCCCACUGAUCAGUCUCAACCCAACUCCAGACAUUUUCCUCUUGUAUCUACAUUGUGUUGGCUUCCCUCAGUCUUCCCAUGUGGUUCUAGUCCUACUUCCUCUGCUUGCUUACU